AUGGCUUCUCAAAAAUCACAGGGGAACUCCAGCCCCUCCGCGUCCUCCAUAUUUCUUCCACUUGGUCGACCAUCGCGACGGGGCUCCCUUGCAUCGAUGAGCUCGCAGGCGGAACGGGAACAUCGAAAUGAAGCUUUAAACCAGAUACACAAUGCCGCUUGCCAAUCAGACGAGCUCACAGUCUUCUAUGAACUUACCAGCCCGCCUACUACCUCCUCAGCAACGGACAACAAGGGCAUAGUGGGAGAUUUGCAAGGCGGCCUUAGCGGUCUUUAUAAUCGGUUUCGAGCUUCCGUGGGCGGUGUUAAAGAUAUGGUUGGCGGCUCUUCAAGACAAUCUGACAUAACACCAGCAGAGACACCAGCGGUUAGGAGCCCUACCUCGUCUUCGUUUCCCUCAAACAUAUCGGGACAAGCAACUACAGGAUCUGCCGAAGUGCAACCAUCUCUUGCGAACUCAUCCAAAUCCCAGUCUCCGGUUCUAGGCACCUUCCCUCCAAUACAAGAAGGGUCGACAACUCACUCUACAGGGAAGUCGUCACGAUUGUCCUCCAAGCCUGCCAGUGUAUCGUCAAAAGCAUCAGGACCGAUUGGUGGAUCGUUGAAAUCCCCGAUUGCCCCUCUAACCAUGGCCAGUUCAGGGGUGGCUGAUCCAACAGUGACUGAAAUAAACGUGAACGCCAUGAAGGAUAUUCCGUUUCACAGUAGAAGCGGCUCUGGGAGCAUCGCGUCCAGUAUAAUGCAGAAUGUCGAAUCUGCAAGUUCAGAGAGACGGGAUAGUUCGAUUCACACUACCGCUACCCAGUCGCAGUCGCAGCAGGAGUCAGCACCGAGUCGACAGUCAUAUUCACCUGUUUUAAUAGCACGGCACAACAACAAUGAAUCUUUUCGAGAAAGUCGCUUGCCAGAAAGCGUUAACAUUGAACGCGCAGCGUCUCCAAAGUUACGUUCUGCAACUGGGGAUCGACAUGGUCUAGCUGAACUCGAUACAUCUUUCUCAAGAUCUGCUUGGAGAGCAUCGAUCGAUGGAACGCACGAUAUGCAACCCUCUCGUAGGGACAGCCAACCUGGAAACUCUAAUAAGUCGAUCUCGAACGAUCACUCCCCAGCUCCAACUAACGUCACGAACAGCGUUUCAAAACUCUCGACCACGGAUAGUUCCACCCACGAAGGCAGAACACCUACGACACUAGCAACGUCGCUCACCAUGACCGACAAAGAACCAUCAUCCGCGCACUCAUCUAAGGCCUCAUUCAAGGAUCGCCAGGCAAAGGCCACCUCCAAAAUCAGUCAAUCGCGCCUACUUGGUUUUGGACCCUCAAGGAUGUCGUCCUCAGAGUCAAAUGGCCAUCAGUCCACAUCGACCCCUGUGCAUAUUUCGUUCCGCGCUGAUCAUGAGGGCCUUGAUGCCCGAGCAAGAAAAUUCCCUCCUCCCCAAGCUCGGCAGGAGGCACCGCCUUUCCGGAGCAAGCUUCUCAGCAAGGAAUUCUGGAUGCGUGAUGAAAAUGCUAAGGAUUGCUUCCAUUGUGGUGAACCUUUUUCCACAUUCAGAAGGAAACACCACUGCCGCACUUGCGGCCAGAUUUUCGAUGCGAAAUGUACCUCUCUAAUACCAGGCGCUGAUUUCGGAAAUUCCGGCUCGAUACGGGUUUGCAGACCUUGUGAGAGUAAAAUUAUCGCUUACCAGGAUGAUUCAUCAGAUCUAUCUGGAGAUGACAUGAGCCCUAUUGUUAUAAAUCCCCGGAGCCCCCAUGCUAUUUCCAAUGGGAAUAUAUCCCGCCUGAGCGUGGCCGACGACGAUGCUUCGUCUGUCGUGUCUCAAUCGGUUGAUCAUGUGCUAAAGACUCCCACCAUGGCCAUACCUGCAACUCGACGUACCGGUGACGGGAAUAAUCGACGUUCCGCCAUCCUUGAAUUUGAUUCCGAUCGCCAACUUGCGAGGCCGUCUUCGUCGCGAUCGCUGAAAUCGUCGAUGAAUGGAAGGCCACAUUCCAUUAGCCAUAAACGUCAUCAUUCUCGGCAUCAAUAUAUUCGCAGCUUCAAAUCCUACCACGAGGAUAGAGCCCCAUUCCAGCGUCGCGCUGCAGAUGAUAUGAGCCGCGAAUCCAGGCUUCCAGCCUUCCACCGGGAUAACAUUAUUGAUCCAGAUCUUGCCCAGUACCUGUCAGAUGAUGCUUCAAGUGGUGAUGAACAAUCGAACUUAUUCGCGGUUGUCUCAGAUGGCGGUCUCUCUAAAAGUGGUGGCGAAAGUGAGAAAGCGUCUUUCGGUGGCCUUCUUGCAGCCGUCAGAAAGAGUCGUUCUCGUUUGGGUGAGCGGUCCGGAAUAUCAGCAUUGUACCCGUCCCGCGAUGGCGACGAUACGAGCGUCAGUAGCUCGAGAGCAGUGAAUCUGCCGCGUUCUGGGCGCCGGCGUAAUUUGAGUGUUGCGAGCAGCAUCCACCAGGCCCUAUCCCCGCGCACUUCGAAAGAUAACCAGCCCAUGUACUUCCACCAUGAUCAACCCGCACCAACCCUAUCUAUGCAGGGAUCGCCGGCCUCCGCCGGAUUCAAGAUGACCAGAAGCUCCUCAAUGAGAGGUGCUGGCGCACCUGCAGUUGAACUCAAUCGAGCCAGUAUGGACCACGUUCGCAAACUCCUUCGGCAACUUCUGAAAGAUGAUCAUAUUCCUCAUUCCAAUUCUUGGGAAACUGCUCUAUUACCGAUCCUUCUCAAAGCCACGGAUGAUGUAGAGCCUAACGUUCAACAAGGUGAUGCGAUGGAUAUACGUCACUACGUGAAGCUGAAAAAGAUACCUGGGGGCCGACCUGGGGAUACAUCCUACGUGUCUGGCCUGGUUUUUACGAAAAACCUAGCUCUGAAAAGUAUGCCGCGCAGUAUUUCCAGACCAAAUAUCCUUAUCAUUACAUUUCCACUGGAAUAUGCACGCCAGCAGCAGCAUUUCAUGAGUCUAGAGCCUGUCAUUCGUCAAGAACGUGAAUUCCUCGAGAAUUUGGUCAAUAGAAUAUCGUCCCUCAAACCUAAUCUUCUUCUUGUCGAAAAGAAUGUUUCUGGGUUAGCGCUUCAGUUAUUGGAAAAAGCAAAUAUCGCCACUGCUUACAAUGUUAAGCCUUCGGUAAUUGAGGCAGUAUCUAGGUGUACCCAAACUAGGAUUAUUACAUCUAUGGAUAGGCUAGCCACCAAUCCAUCGUACCCCGGCAAAUGCGGUAGCUUCGAUGUCAAAACGUAUGUCCAUAAAAACCGCAAGAAGACUUACAUGUAUAUAUCUGGCUGCCCGAAGGAAUUGGGAUGCACAAUUGUCCUACGUGGUGCUGAAAAUGACCUCCUCAUGAAGAUUAAACGGAUUACGGAAUUCAUGGUCUAUGUUGUAUACAAUUUGAAGUUGGAGACCUGUCUUAUGAGGGACGAGUUUGCGAAAAUACCUUCCUCGCCUCCGGAUACAACAUCAACGGCCAAAACAAGUGCCGCCUCUAGCAUGACAGAUGGGACCGGACAACGCAGCGAUUCGAGAACUACAACACACAAUUACAACACUCCAACCAGCUCCCAGUCAGCCAUCACUGACGGAGCAAAACCGGCGGAAGAACCUGUAGCAUCCCAAGGCUCGAUUUCUGUCAGUGACACCACUACGGACGCUUCUAGUGGAAAGAAUAACUCCAAUUCUACUACUGAGCCUGCCUUCUAUGAAGAUAUGGUCGAGAAGCAUCAAACAAAAAUCCUCUCCGCAUCCCCAUUCGUAAAAUUCAUGCCUCCAUACCUUCUCAUGCGGGCGAGAGAACUUGAGAGACAGCUUGCAUAUCUCAAACGGCUCCGUGAUCAGGACUUCUCAACCGAGCAGUUAAAUGACGACAAAGCAAAAUCUCAAAAAUUUGUUCUCAUCACUCCCGAGAUGAUCCAUGAAUCCCUCUCUGGUGCUCCAGCCAAAGUAAAGGAAGUGCUCCAUGCCGUUCACGAUGCAGAAUAUGACAGAGCGCUCCAUAACUACCAAACACAAAAGAGGCAGUGGGAAACCUAUAUCUCCGGAAACGACAACUUGUUUGAUCCCUACGCCCAUCAAAAUAUUGUCGUGCUUCACAGCCUUGUUUGUACCACAACUUCUGUUCCGUGUGCCGGUCCGGACAUAUUUGCGCUUGGAUUCUACAAUGAGCACGAAUCAGACAGGAUAUUCGAAGCGGAUUUCACACUAGGUCAGUACGUCGAGGAACUUUGCCUGAGCGCCAACGAUGUCUGUGACGUAAAUGGCUGUGACGAACGGAUGUUUAGCCAUCACCGACAGUAUGUACAUGGUGAAGCCCAGGUUACUGUCAUUGUACAGCCACAUCCAUCCAAACUCCGCGGAUUGCAGGACGUGAUUUUAAUGUGGAGUUGUUGCAAGAUCUGUGGCAACGAAACACCAGCUAUUCCGAUGUCGGAAAGCACUUGGAGAUAUUCUUUUGGAAAAUACCUUGAAUUAUCAUUUUGGUGUGGUAAUUUACAUGCACGCGCCGGUGUCUGUCCGCAUGACUUGCAUCGCGAUCACCUUCGAUAUUUUGGUUUCAAAGAUGUGGCUAUUCGUAUUCAUUAUGACCCUAUCAACCUGCUUGAAAUAAUUGUCCCGCGACCCCGCGUUACGUGGAAGGUUGAUAAAGAUCUCAGACUCCGAAACGAGAUUUACAUGCAAGCUGAAAAGCGCUUGAAUCGAUUCAUGUUAUCCGUCAAGGCCAGGUUGAAAAGUAUUAACGUUAACAGUGUCAUACCAGAAAUGGCUGAGAAUUGCAGGCAAGAAAUUGAAGCCCUCACAAAACGGGCGAAUGACGAGCAUCUAGCCCUCAUUAAACAGCAUCAAGAACUAUACAUGAAUUCACGAUACUGGGAAAUUGUCCCACUGAAUAGGGUGAUUCAUGGAACGCAAGAGAAGGCGGUGGAGUGGGAUGCGACGUUCGCAGAAUUUGAGCGGAACUUCUUCCCCUCCGAAAAAGAUAUUCGGCGAUUGGCAACAUUACAACUCAAAAGGAUAUUCCUCGAUAAAGACGUUUCUGUCACUUCCUUCGCUUCUACUGACGAGACGGCAGCAACGACCCCUAUUGAGGCAGAGGAGGCAGAUGGCACAACUACUUCACCAUUGGCGGAAAGCCCAAAAUUAGCGAGAAGGAUGACACUAUCUCCUCAAGAGGCUAAGAGUGUUCUCGCUUCGGUAGUGGAAGAGCAUUCAAGUAAGCGAAAUAGAGAUGUUGAAAGUCCGGAGCGGCUUCAUUCUCCCACUCUUGCAAACAUCGAGAAACAGGGACCUAUGAAGCUCCCAGAGACAGCGAUUCCCACAGAGGAAGAUGUUCGACUGUUACACCUGCCUACCUCUCCCCAUGGCGAGGAGGAAAAUUCUAGUUGUCAGAUUGAGCCCAUCUCCCCACCUUUAGCUGAAAAUAAUACUGGAGGUCAACCUGCGGUUGAUGAAAAUGUCCGUUCGGCUUCGGAGCUGCUACCAAUUGAUUCAAAUGAAACCCAGACCGAAACCCAGGCCAAAGCCCAAGGGGAGAGGUGCAGCGAAGAUAGCGCUGAACAUCCUGCCAUACGCGCACCUCAAACACCUAGACCCUCUGGUAUACCAAGGCCAGCGGAUAGAUCGACUCGAAAAGGCCCAAGCGGAAAAUCUCCGCCCUUGCUUAGAGCACAGUCGCAACCAGGUUAUAUUCAUAAUGAGAAUAGCAAUGCGUCUGGAGUGCAACUCCUGCAAAGGUCAUCAACCGGCGGUUCAAGUCCUAAAAAGACCGAGAAGCAGGUAGAACAAAACAAUGGCUCAAAAACGAAAGGGACUGAAAAGAGGCUUUCGGAGCGCUUAGGCUUGCCCUCUUUAAAAUCUAAUAAGCUCACUUCUAGUCAUCACUCCCUGAUACCGCGCUCAGUACAAACCAGGAGCUCGCGCGUUUCUAAUCUCGCAAAACAUUUUGAACAACUCAGCCGGGAAUUUGAAAAAGAACGUCUGAGGGAACGGCAACAGCGAGCAUUGCAAAGAAAGCAUUCUCGCGCGUAUCCCAUGGCAUCCUCAAAUCCGAUUGUAGAAGUUUACAAGAACGUGAGAGAUGCAGUUGAGGAACGGGAUCCAUCAGACGAGGACUUCUUGUCAAGCCAGCCAUCUGCUGCUACUUCAAAGGAAUCAACCACGUUGAUCAGCGACAUGGCGAAACCUGCUCAGCCUGCAGAAAGUUUAGAAGAGGCCAAGGACCAACCAGAGGAGGUAUCCAGAAAAUCAGAAGAAAGUGUGCAAGAAGCUGGGCAAGCUCUAUCAGAGGCAGAGGGCGAAGGGGCAGGAGAAGAGGAGCACAGUGAUGGCGAACAAAGCCUGCUGGACGAACUACAGAUUGUUGACUCCGCUGAAGAAGCAAAUAAGCUGUCACCUGAUGAACUUGAUUUAAAGGAGUUGCCGAAAUAUGAACGAACCUCGCUGCUUAAAGUGUUAACGAACUUCUGGGCCGAACGCUCCGCCAGCGGUUGGGCCCCGCUCGAAUACCCUCUCAGCGAUUCCGACCACGUUUUCGCAGAUUGUGACAUCAUUGUUCGAGAAGAUGAACCAAGCUCCCUGAUAGCCUUUGCUCUGGACUCUGAGGACUACAAGAAUAAGCUUUGGAGCAUCCAAGAGCAUGACGAAAUAAUUGAAGUCAAGGCCACCGAUGGACGUCGUGAGCCAGAAGUCGAGCAGUCACUGUUGCGCGAGACGGGAACACAUCUCAAAUACCAGUUCCAAGAAAGCCAGACAAAGAUGCUUUGCAAAGUUUUCUAUGCCGAGCAAUUCGAUGCACUUCGAAGAAAAUGCGGUGUCUCAGACCGGAUUGUGGGGUCACUCUCCCGUUGCAUGAAAUGGGAUUCCAGAGGCGGAAAAACCAAGUCACUCUUCCUCAAAACCCUAGACGAUCGGUUCAUCCUCAAAUCGCUCUCAACUAUCGAGACCCAGGCCUUCCUAAAAUUCGCACCGGCAUACUUCCAAAUCAUGUCUGAGGCUCUAUUUCACGAACUGCCCUCGGCCAUCGCGAAGAUGUUCGGCUUCUACCAAGUAAUCAUCAAAAACCCUGCGACUGGUGUCGAAUUUAACUGGUUCCUUCUUCUCAUGGAGAACCUGUUCUACGACCGGAGCCCAACAAGGAUCUUCGACCUAAAGGGUUCAAUGCGAAAUCGCAAAGUGCAAAGCACAGGAGAGCGCAACGAAGUCCUCCUUGACGAAAACAUGGUGGAGUUCAUCUACGAGAGCCCCUUGUUCACUCGAGAACACUCCAAGAAACUACUAAGUCAGAGCGUAUGGAAUGACACGUUAUUCCUCGCCCGACAGAACGUUAUGGACUACUCACUCAUGAUCGCGAUUGACGAAAACCGCCAGGAACUCGUCGUCGGAAUCAUCGAUUGCAUCCGUACAUAUACUUGGGAUAAGAAAUUAGAGUCGUGGAUUAAGGAUCGCGGAUUUGCUGGCGGGGGGAAGAAUCGGCCAACCGUCACUAGUCCGAAAGAAUACAAGAGUCGCUUCCGGGAAGCGAUGGCUAGAUAUGUACUGCAUGCCCCGAAUUCUUGGCACCAAUUCCACACGUACAUUGAUAGACGCAACCUAAGACUCAAGGAUCGUGGACGGGAACGCGAUCGGGAGCGAGAGACUUUCGAAGUCGGCAGGGAUGAGAAUGUCGAGUUAGGAGACGAUUACUAG